AUCACCCAACCUUGAACAGAGGGGUCGUACGGGUCGUACAAGUACCGUACAAGUACAGUCCAAGGGACGGUUAAGAUUGGACUAGGGGGGCCCUUUCGUCCAUGCCUGUAACCCGUUAACUUGGGACUGAACGGGUCAGUGGAUCAUGGCCACCUUUUGGCGGGUUUGGGGCUGGUUGGCCUUAACUGCCCUGUGCCUGUUGCCCCCGGGACCAGAGGCCACCCUUUCGCAAUCUGAUAAAAAGAGCAAAACUAACCCCUCCAAGACCAAAGAGCAGUCCGAAAAAACGGGUCCACCGUCCACCGGACCCACAGGUCAAUCCGUGUUCGAGCGGGGUCUGGUCUCUCCCACGGUCCGAGUCCAGGACAUUCUGAGCCACCAAGGGGUCUAUCAGCCCGAUCCCGGCCCCGUGUGGACAGGUGGAGCGGUCUUGGGUUAUGUCACGCCUUGGAACGCCCACGGCUACGACGUGGCGCACACUUUCGCCCCCAAAUUCAGUUUGAUUUCGCCCGUGUGGUUGCAAUUAUGGCCCAAAAGUCAACAGGACGACCAAGCUUGGGCUUGGGGCGGGGCCCACGACAUUGACUCGGGUUGGUCAGCCCGGUUGCUUCAAACCCAUCCCGACAUGAAAAUCUUACCCCGGGUUCUGUUUGACAAAUGGACCGGUCCGGAUUACAUGGCCUUGUUCCAGUCCCGAGCCCAACAAGCCGAUGUGGCCCAGUUCAUGUGUCGAGGCCUCAAGCAAUGGGGCUUUUCCGGAUUGGUCCUCGAGCUUUGGAGCCAAUUUGGCGGACGCGUGCGGAAUGAAGCCGCUCAGCUCAUUGAAGCCAUUAGUCAAACCUGUCGGGGCAUGGAUUUGCAUUUGGUGUUGGUCAUUCCGCCCGCUCAAUACCGCGGGGGCAGUCCCGGUAUGUUUGGUCGCUCUGAUUUCGAGCGAUUAGCUCCGGUGGUGGAUUUUUUCAGUCUGAUGACCUAUGAUUAUUCGGACAUUCAAAAUCCGGGCCCUAAUGCCCCCUUACCUUGGGUUCGGGAUUGCGUCACUGCCUUGGAUCCCCAGGGCCACCGUCGGAAUCAGAUUCUCCUGGGUUUGAACUUCUAUGGUAUGCAAUACACUGUCGAGGGUGGGGGCCCCAUUUUGGGCCGGGAUCUAGUCCAAACCUUGACCGAGGUCCCGGGUUCCACCAAGCUCAAAUGGGACAAGUCGUCCCUGGAACAUUUCAUAGAGAUCAAAGUCCGAGGCGCCAAGCAGACGCUCUUUUAUCCGACCUUAUAUUCCAUACAAAAGCGCUUGCAAUUGGCGGAAGAAUUGGGUACAGGCAUUGCCAUUUGGGAGCUUGGUCAAGGCCUAGACUACUUUUAUGAUCUACUCUAGGAUUUGCAAUAUGUGUGUG